UUAAAGAGGAAGUGGCGAGGCGGAAAUAGAGCACGCUGCACAAAAACUUGAUAACUUCCAGCACGCCGGCUGACAAAUCCACGUAUUAUGUCAACGCCGGACUUAUUUGGUCCUCAUUUCCACAAACAUUUAGUGAGAUAAUUAACCCACGUGACCAGCUCCGAGCCGCGCUGACGUCAUCCACCUGUGCAAAGUCUUGAUCUGGCUCCGGACCGGACAUGUCGGCCCAGGCGCAGAUGCGAGCCAUGCUGGACCAGCUCAUGGGCACCGGCAGAGACGGAGACACCAUGAGACAGAGAAUCAAAUUCACAGAUGACCAAGUCUGCAAGAGCCACCUUUUGGACUCGUGUCCUCAUGACAUCCUGUCAGGCACUAGGAUGGACCUGGGAGAGUGUGUAAAAGUCCACGACUUGGCCCUCAGAGCCGACUACGAGAUCGCUUCCAAGGAGCAGGAGUACUUCUUCGAACUUGAUGCUGCCGAACACCUCCAGUCUUUCAUCGCUGACUGCGACCGCAGAACCGAGCUGGCCAAGAAGAGACUGGCCGAGACGCAAGACGAGAUCAGCGCCGAAGUGGCUGCAAAGGCUGAGCGCGUCCAUGAGCUGAACGAAGAGAUCGGCAAGCUGCUGGCCAAGGCGGAGACGCUGGGCGGCGAGGGCAACGUGGACGAAGCCCAGCAGUUGCUGGAGAAGGUGGAGAAGACCCGGGCCUUAAAGAAGGAAGCAGAGGAUGUGUACAGAAACUCGAUGCCCGCCUCCAGCUUCCAGCAGCAGAAACUCCGCGUGUGUGAGGUCUGCUCCGCCUACCUGGGUCUCCACGACAACGACCGGCGCCUGGCCGACCACUUCGGCGGCAAACUGCACAUCGGUUUCAUCGAAAUCCGCGAGAAACUUGAAAAGCUAAGAAAAGCUGUUACAGAGAAACAAGAAAGAAUGCGCGUGAGAAGACGAGAGGAACGAGAAAAAGAAGACGAACGAGAGCGUCAGUGGGAGGUGGAGCGCGAACGAGAGAGGGAGCGGGAACGACAGAGUCAGUGGGACAGAGAACGAGAAAGAGAGCGAAGGAGAUCAAGAUCUAGAAGCGGAGACCGACACAGGGAUGGAGGCAGUUCAUCAUCCCACCGCUCGAGACGCCACCGCUCCUCUCGUUCCAGAGAAGACGGGGCGGAUCGGGACAGAGACAGGGACAGAGACCGAGACAGGAAGCAUCGACACAAGGAGAGACACCGCUCGCGCUCCCACUCCCACAGACACAAAAGAAAGAGGUCUUCUGGAGACGGAUCAUCCCACAACCGCGACAAAGAGCGCUCGCCGUCCCAGGAGAAGUGGAAAGAGGGCGCGGCCGACGGCUGCCGCGUGGACGGAGGGGAACACGGAGACUGGGGGGACAAGGAACGGUCCGCCUCCCCGGACAGGACCAGGACCAGGAGCAAAGAUCGGGAGCGAUCCCUCUCGUACGAGCGGGACCGGCGCUCCAGCUCCGAGGGGGAGCGGGAGUCGGGGGAGAUAUGAAUGUUAGAUCUCUGAAUUGGAUAUAUUGUUUAGUAAAAGCGGAGCAUGGAAAGAUGAGUGUGCUGGUGUGGGUGCAUUUGAAUGUCAACUCUGUAUUCAUGUCCAAAGUGGAACAUGUACAUGUGGACGGUGAGGAUCAAGGAAACAGAAACUUUUAUAAGGAUACAUGAAGCAAGACUGACACGGGGGCGGCCGACUCAUUCAGUUUUUUUUUUUUUUUUAAUGCCAUCUUGACAACUUUACAUACACUUAAGCAGAAUCAAGGGAAAAGAGAUAAAACAGACAGCUGUUUUUAUUUUCUGUCACAUGAAGUGCUGUUUUUUAUUAUUAUUAUUAUUGGUUGGACUUUUCGUGUCAAUACAGUUUUCCCCGUUCCAUCAUCCUUGGAAGAGCCGCAGGUUCGGUCGCCGUGACGACCCUCGUCAUCCCAAAACCGAGCUGUGACGGACUGAAGGCGCGCCCAGUUUUUGACCCGUCGCCUCCGAGCCACGACAGCCUCAAUCUGACCCACAUCCUAAAAGAUUCGGUGAUGAGUGUGUACUUUGAAAAUAAAGUCACUUAUUCUUCUGGUAGAAGUCCUCUGAAUAUUUCCACUCACAUGUGGACCUAUUAGAGUUAGGAUGACUUGCUUUUCUUUUUUGUUGUUGCUGUGAUAAAGUCUGGACUACUUCGUGGCCGUGGGUCGACUUCACUGUGCCACAACUACGUGAAUAAAAUGCUCUGCUUCUGUUGAAA